GCCCUUCAUGCUUUCUGGGAUGCAUGCAAAUCACAAAGCGAGAGCCACAGGAAGGACUUUCUGAAUGAGCUAGGCUCUCAGCCAGUCCUAACACACUCAAGAGUCUUCUGGAAUCCAUCCUAGCUUCUCCACAGAAACAGACUGCAAAGCCUGGAAUCCAUCCUAGCUUCUCCACAGAAACAGACUGCAAAGCCUGAGGACCCGAACAGGAACUUGGGGAAAAGGCUUGACCAAGACAGAGCAUUGAGGUGCAGCCAGGGAGGUUGGGUCCUUGAGAAAACUGGGGGAAGUGAAGCGGCAGUGGGUGCAAAGAUCUGCUCCAGCCUAGGGAGCUGAGAGUUUCACAAGAGGUUGCCGCCAGGCCAGAGAGCCGGAAGUAAACACAUCUGGGCGAAGGAGUCCGCAGUGGGAGAGAUGGGAGGAGUCCUGUGGGGACUGGGAGGGCACAGCCAAGGGGCUGACCCAUUCUGGGAACCACAGGCGGUGACGCUGGGGACUUGCUCCAGCUCAGAACCCGAGAAGCCUGUUCAGGUACCAGCCAUGCUCGCCUCGGUGGGCUCCCUGGUGUCAGCCAUCUGGGCAGCGCUCCAUCUCCAGACUCUGCUGCUGGCGGCUGUUGCCUUCCUGUUCCUGGCUGACUAUUUCAAAAACCGGCGCCCCAAGAACUACCCUCCGGGGCCGCGACGCCUGCCCUUCUUUGGCUGCUUGUUCCAUCUGGACCCAAAGCAGCCCCACAUAUCCCUACAGAAGUUUGUGAAGAAAUAUGGGAACGUUUUAAGCUUGGAUUUUGCUAAUAUACCCUCAGUGGUUGUAAGUGGCAUGCCCUUAAUCAAGGAAGUCUUUACUCAAUUGGAGCCAAACUUUCUGAAUCGUCCUGUCACUCUUCUCCGAAAACAUCUCUUUAAUAAAAAUGGAUUGAUCUUCUCCAGUGGCCAGACAUGGAAGGAACAAAGAAGGUUCGCCCUGAUGACCCUGAAGAACUUUGGCUUGGGAAAGAAGAGCUUAGAGCAACGCAUACAGGAGGAAGCCAGAUACCUUGUGGAGGCCAUAGGAGAGGAGGGAGGACAGCCUUUUGACCCUCACUUCAAUAUCAAUAAUGCAGUUUCCAACAUCAUUUGCACUGUCACCUUUGGGGAGCGCUUUGAGUACCAUGACAGUCGGUUUCAGGAGAUGCUGAGGCUACUGGAUGACGCCACGUGUUUGGAGUCAUCAAUGAUGUGCCAGCUCUACAAUAUCUUUCCAAGGAUAAUUCAUUAUCUUCCUGGAUCACACCAAACAUUUUUCAGAAACUGGAGAAAACUGAAAUUGUUUGUCUCUGAUAUUGUCGACAGUCACCGGAAAGACUGGGACCCUGAUGAGCCAAGAGACUUCAUUGAUGCUUUCCUCACGGAAAUGACAAAGUACCCAGACAAGACUACUACAAGUUUCAAUGAAGAAAACCUCAUCUGCAGCACUCUGGACCUCUUCUUUGCUGGAACAGAGACAACAUCCACGACACUGCGCUGGGCUGUGCUCUGUAUGGCCCUCUACCCGGAAGUCCAAGAAAAAGUUCAGGCUGAGAUCGACAAAGUGAUUGGUCAAGGAAGACAGCCCAGCCUGGCUGACAGAGAGUCCAUGCCCUACACCAGUGCCGUCAUUCAUGAAGUGCAGAGAAUAGGAAACAUCAUCCCCUUUAAUGUUCCCAGGGAAGGGGCAGUUGACACCAAGUUGGCUGGAUUUGACCUGCCAAAGGGAAUCAUGAUCCUGACCAACCUGACUGCACUUCACAGAGACCCCAAGGAGUGGGCCACUCCAGACGUCUUCAACCCAGAGCACUUUUUGGAGAAUGGACAGUUUAAGAAGAGAGAAUCUUUUCUGCCGUUCUCAAUGGGAAAGCGAGCUUGUCUUGGAGAACAAUUGGCUAGGUCUGAGCUCUUUAUUUUCUUCACUGCUCUUGUGCAAAAAUUUACCUUCAAGCCCCCAGCCAAUGAGAAGCUGAGCCUGCAAUUCAGAAUGUCCGUUACCGUUUCACCCGUCAGCCACCGCAUCUGUGCGGUUCCUAGGCUGUGAUGUUGAAGAAGGGAAGUUUGAAGACACACACGGCGUCUGCUUGGGAGACACUGGUGCUUGCUCACGUUUGAGGAGAUAGAAGGAAGGUGACUGGAGAAAUGCAUAUAACGACACUGAAGAGAUCGAAUCCAAUUAUGGCUUCAUGAGUGGAAAGCCAUUUGCUAGCUCAGUGGCAGAGCUUUUCACCUAAGAUCUCCAGAGAAAGAUGAUUCCUCCAGUAAAGAAAACUGCUUGCAGGGCUCAUGAGACAUGGUGGGUUAAAUUGAUAUGGAAAUUAUUUUAAAAAAAACACGAUCAUAAAAGUUAUGCCCUCACUUUGCCCCCUCCCUUUCUCCUUUGACAUGCAUUUGCUUCUAGCCUGUGGACACAGUUUAUCUAGAGGGUGCAGAAGGAAGGGUGUCCACUGGCUAGCUCUGCAGCUUCCAUCCAAGAAUUAUAUAAAAAAGAUUUGUGAGUGAAAUUUCCCCACAGCCAUUCCUCUUUCAUAUGGGAAACCCCAUCCCCUCCUCUAUUCAUUCCCGAUUGACAUCUAGUAUACAAGCCAUUUGAGCGGAAAUAAAGAAGUCAGGACAUAAGGAAACGAGCCAUUAAGGGUUAUGCUAUAGAUGUGCCUUCAGGGAAUAAGUGCCCCACAGUCAGCUGUUCUCUGCACGUUGACCAGCUGUGAGUCUCUAUAAUCGUCCCCACAUGCUGCAAAACGGAGCUUCCUUGAUGUGGAGUGAGAGCUGCGCUCACCUGUGGGUCUAAGGAUGAGUGUUCAUAAUGCAGUUUGAAAAUAUAUUGAUGUAGGACAGUUGGAGUUGUAGGUUCUCUUCUACCCAUACCCUCACCAGCCAUGGGCAUUUAAUAAAUCUAACAGUGCCACUGAAUACUCCAGUUAGGGGCUUCCAGGUAAAAUGUGUUUAUGGAUAUUGAGAGUUGAUACUUAGGAAUGGCAUAGGUGCUCCACAAGGGGGAGAAAAGAAGGGUGUUGCACCAUGCUCUGCUUAUUCCCCUGGUAAUGGAGGCAAAGGGUGAGAAGAAGCCACAGCAAGUCUGCUGCAGACCUGGAGAUAAGGCUAGUGUGGGGGUUGGGGGGAUUGGAUUUGGAGUUGCAGUGGGAGGCAUGAAGAUCUGCUGUUAGUCUACCUGCUUCCCUGGCUGGAGUGGCCCGUGGGUUCUCAGGGAAUGCCUGCUGAAGCUGGGGUCUGGGAUAAAGCAAUGAGUGGUGGGAAGAGAAUAAGGUGGGGAAGGUGGGUGUGAGCCACUGGAGGUUGGGGGGGAUGGCCACAGCUGGUUGUCUGCUUCUGCUGCAGAGCUAGGAAUGAGACUGGGGGAUUUAAUGGAUUUGGAGGCAGCAGGGGAGAAGUGAUCUGCAGUUAGCUUACCUGUUCCCUUAGUCAAAAUGGCCUUGACCUUAUGUACUUUAAAACAGCUAUCCCUGGGAGCCCUGCUCUUUUCUGAAGGGAAAUAGAGAAGUGGAUCUAGGGGAGGGGUGAGGUGGACUUGGAAGAGUGGAGGGAGGGAAAACUGCAGUCAGGAUGUAAUGUAUGAGAGAAAAAUAGAUAGAUAAAUAAACAAAUAGCUAAAAGCUAAACUAUUUCCAAUAGAGGCUACUAUUGUCACCUCAUAGUAUAAAGGUGUCUAUCUACUAAAACCACAUUCCACAUAUAUUAUAAAGGCUGCCUUAUAUUUUCUAUACGGUUUACCUGAAAACAGGUAAUAUUAAUGCAUUGCAUCACUCGUGUAUGCCAUUUGAAUUCAACCCUCUUUUUUUAAGGUAGUGUUGCACAAUAUCUUAUAAACAGAACAAUGGCCGUCUUCAUAACUCCAGCUAUGCACACUUAAAAUAAUUAUAGCUAAACUUGUUACAUGUUAAUAUUCCUUCAAAUAAGGAGGAGAUAGACAAUGUCACUGGUGGAACUUUGCCCAAAUAUCCAUCCACUCCUCAUAGCUAGUUGUACGUGGUUAGGCCCUAGUUAGGAAUAUGGGCUAAAAUCUAAAACAGGAAAACAUGUUUACCUAUGUAACAUUAAAAAAUAUUCGUUAUAUAUACUGAGUUAAGGCCCUAAAUAUUGCCUAACAGCCCCUUUAGAAAAAUUUCUUACAACAAAUGAUGAGUUUAUUUGUUACUGUUAUGUCUCAUGGUAUUUAAUUUUUUAAUCCAGGGAAGUAUAUGUUUAAAAGUUACAAUGACCCAUAAAUGUAAUUAUGAAUGUCUAACUCUUUGAAAGCUCUCUUCCACCUUCUUGGUGUUAACUUGAAACUUACAACAAAGAAAGAUGAUCGUCAAAAUUCA